AUGCAGUUUGUCACUACAAAGGUAGCAUUUGAAGAGAACCCAAACAAUCUGGCACCAAGAAUGCCUUGGCCACGAGACAGAAGCUUUUACACAUCUCAAAUAUCAAAGCCAACGUAUACAUCACGAGAACCACUGCCAGUACAACUUACAUUGAGUGGAAAUGAGUUAGAUGUUCCGCUCAAUCCACCGCACUCUCCAAAACGUAAGUUUAGUAAGAAGAGUGAAGCUACGCAGCUAGCAGAACAAGAGAAAUUCAAUUCACACAAGAAAGAAAGCUGCGGAAAUAUCUUCAACCUAUCAGCCAAAUUGUGGUUUUGGAAUGACCAGCUCACUCUUGUUUUGGAUCCACUCAACCGUCCACGAGAGGUUUCUAAAAAACAUCAAAGAAGACGCUCUUCUGUACUCAGAGCUCUGGGUAAAGGCGGUAUUCCGGCAGAUGCUUCUGUGGAUCAUAAACGCAAAUCUUCACUCUUGUCUCUCCUCGAUGAGCCUGCAAGUACAGAGCAGCAGAACGUUAGAAGAAGAGGUAGCAUUCUUGAAGCUAUCAAGAGACGUUCUUCUUCUAGUAAUGAUAGCCAUACUACUGCGGUGGACGAAGAAUCGGAGCAAGUGGAGGGACUGGGAGAACAAGCUCAACAGCAAGAGGAAGAGAAAGGUCCAACAUUCAACCUCAAUUGGUAUGAGACUGGUGAUGAGACUCACAAAGAUGACGAGCAUCAAGGCACACAAAAACCACGCAGAUGGUCUACGCAGGAUACCGACCUUGCUCAACACAAACCCUUUCCUCUCUAUAUCAACGAUCAAGCGCUAACGAGUAUAAACGUUCCAUUCAGUAAGAUAACGUCAAUCCACACUACGCAAUUGAAGAGAGACAAAUCAACGACAAUCACACCACCUGGUUCUCCAAACUCGCGCAAAGCGAGUGUGGCAUUCGAGCAACCAGAGACACCAUUAAAUGAGAAAGAGAAAGCGCAUGAAAAAUCUAUACCAUCGGAGGGAUCACGUAAAAUUGCGAGCAAACCAGCAACGAUUGAAAUUGAGGUGCACGAUCCAUCUAACACCAGGCAUAACCAGUCCAAUGGUACAGUCAGUUUUGAAUUCUGGGAUACUCUAAGCGGUCAAGUUGAAGCUGACAUCGUGCUCAAAUAUAUUGAUAUGGUUAGGAAAAAUAACAAUCAAGCUCCACAGGAUAUUAAGAGAGCUGCCAAAGAUCUCGUACAGUCAGAGGAGCGCACGCACGAGCGCAGUCCGAUCGCUUGA